AUGGGAGAACCUGGGAAGAGUGAAAGGGCUCAAGUGGGGCGCAUCCUGACAUCCCGCCGUCGCCACGGUCACUUCAGUUUAGAGGAAAUCGGUCGAAGGAAAACAAGCAGCAGCCCAACUAACUCCGCAUGUACUUCCUUUCCAGGAGAAGACUUCUCCUUUUUAGAGCUGCGACUAAAACAUGUGGCUGCUGUAAAGAAACUCAGCCAGAAUUUGCGCCAUCCCCUGCACCGUUUCUGGCCCCUGAAGUACCCUGUGGUGAUAGAUGCCGAUUUUCUCCCGCUUUAUUUGCCCCGCCAUUGCGGUCCUCCGGCACAGACGACCCCAUCCGAGGUCUUCUCUUCUUCUGUUCCAGUUUUCUCUAACCUGCGCUACAGGGCCACAAAUGCUCCUGCAGACGGCAGCAACAGCUGCGUGGCCUGUGGCUGGGGAGAGAAAAACCGAGUGCUGCCUUGGAGGCACGUGCCAGGCAUACACCCCAAGGACGAGUUGACCGCAGUGAUGGCGACCGGGAAUUUUGGGGAUAUCUUGGGCCAUUUCCGCCUGACAGCGGCCUCCGUAGUUCGUUGGUGCUUAAUAUAUGGCCAACUGAUCUUCUUAUCCGAUGCAAUUCCAGCAGACAAAAAUUCAAUGAAGGCUAACCUCGAGAAAGGCUCUAGUCUUCUCGUCUCACCCGGCGGUAUUGCAGAAAUCUACGAAACGAAUUCUUCUGAGGAACGCCUCCACCUGCAAGACCGCCUUGGUGUUGUGCGGCUGGCGAUGCAAACGGGUGCCAAACUUGUUCCCGUCUACUGCUUUGGAAACAGCCAGGCUUUCCGCUUGCCUUGGGGCGUCCGCUUCUUGCAGCCGUUUGCAAGGCUCUUAAGGAUCGCAUUUGUUUCCUUCUAUGGCCGCUUUGGCCUCCCUGUGGCCUUUCGUGUGCCGAUGCUCUAUGCCGUUGGACGUCCCCUGCAAAUGCCUCAAGUUGACAAACCCACAUACGGGGAAAUUGCUGCUGCCCACAAAAUAUUCGUGGCAGAAGUUAGACGCAUUUUUGACACUUACAAAGGUCUCUAUGGCUGGGCCAACAAGCAGCUCGAGAUCCUCUAG